GAGAGCACCACCCUUCACACAGCAAACCGACACAGUUCCAACUGCCCUCACCUAACCACGUGCCUCUACUUACAGCUUCUCCUUUACGUAGUUUUGCGCGCGCAGUUUCCGGCUGUGAGAAGCGUCAGGUGAAGCGGAAGUGAAGAGAAGAGAAGAGGCUUGUACUGCUCACCUGUCGUCAGUCAAACUGACAGAGAAGAAACAAGAAAAAAAUGAGUAACCCAAUCCCAUCCAACCUGAAGUCUGAGGCCAAGAAAGCUGCCAAGAUCCUGAGAGACUUCACCGAGAUCUCCAGCAGAAAUGGACCAGACAAACUCAUCCCUGCUCACGUAAUAGCUAAGGCUGAGGGUCUGGCCAUCAUCUCCGUCAUCAAGGCAGGCUUCAUGAUCACAGCCAGAGGAGGCAGCGGAAUAGUCAUCGCCAGGCUUCCUGACAGACGCUGGUCAGCACCUUCAGCCAUUGGCAUUGCUGGUCUAGGUGGAGGCUUCGAAAUCGGGGUGGAGGUGUCAGACUUGGUGAUCAUCCUGAAUUACCGGAGGGCCGUCGAAGCCUUCACAAAGGGUGGGAACUUGACGCUUGGCGGGAACGCCACUGUCGCCGUGGGACCUGUUGGAAGGAACGUGGAGGCUGAUGUGGCUCUGCGGAGCACUGCAGCUGUGUACACCUACUGCAGGUCCAGAGGUUUGUUUGCAGGUAUUUCUCUGGAGGGAUCCUGCCUCAUUGAACGCAAAGAAACCAACCGCAAAUUCUACACCCAAGACAUCCGUGCAUCGGCCAUUUUGAAUGGUGAUGUGGAGCCGCCGUCAGAGUGCUAUGACCUCUACCACAUCCUUGAUGUCUACACUGAGGCCUACACCACCGACUGGACAAGCAAGAACUUGCAAACUAGGUCAUCCGUUCGCCCAGCCAGACCACCAGCUCCAAUCCAGUCAAAGCCACCAAGCUACUCCGAGGUGUCAGCAGCCAGUGCCGGAGCUGGAGCAAGGACUAAAAACACUCUCUACCCAAGUGUCUCUGUCUAUAAAUCUGAAACCUCAAGUCAGUUUGCCUCCAGAAACUCUCAGAUGAACGAUUGGGGAUCAUCACAGGGUGGAGCCACUGGGCUGAUGGUUGUCACAGCGACACACCCCUUUGCAGGGGAGCAGCCAGGUGACCUUAGCUUUGUACCAGGCGACCGGAUCACCGUCAUCACGAAGACCGACUCCCAAUAUGAUUGGUGGGAGGGGCAACUGGAAGAUGGGCGGGUUGGGAUCUUUCCUGCAAACUUUGUUACAUAUUGAUACUGCCCUCUGGAUGUCUGACAGAAAAACUUCUUAAAGAUCCAAUAUUGGGUAAAAUGAGUUUGGAACGUGGUUGUUCUGUUAGGCGAAAACACUCCACUGCAUUGAUAUAUUUGUAAAUGAAUUAAUAAUCCUUCGGUUUUUCACAUAGUAAAUGUAAUAUUGGAUAUUUUGAAACAUUUGUCAGACAAAAUACAUUUUGACAUAUUUUACAAAAAUAUUUUAGCUGGCAUUUUUAACCAUUUCAAAUGUUUCACAUUUAAUAUUAAAGUACCACUGUUUGUUUGUUUCUUGGUACAAAUUUGAAUCACAAAAAGACAACCACUUGGAUUAAAUGAAAUCAACUAUUCCAUCAUUAUUAUCAUUAUUAUUAUUAUUAUUAUAAUUAUGAUUAUUAGUAUCAUCAUCAUAUAUAUCAUUAUUAUUAUUAUUAUUAUUAUUAUUAUCAUUAUGAUUAUUAUUAUUAUUAUUAUUAUUUACAUUUAGUUUGAAAUUGAAUGGCAACUUUAGGCUUGUUGUCUAAAGGCCGGCUGCCAAGAGAAGCAUUUGUUUCUUUGUUUUUUCUUUUAGUUUAGUUUAGUUUCUUUUCUACUGUAAAGUCUUGAUAGUUUAAGAUCAGUGGCACCACCAAAACUGCUGUAAAGUCUAAAAAUCGAACAAAAAGUUGAAAUUUAACUGUCAGCUGCUGUGAUCAGGGAACUUUAAGGGGCUGUAAAUUUCAACACCAACUGUUAAGCACUUUCUUUAGCUGUUUAAGUCAAUUUGUUACAAUUAUUGUGGAGAUGGUUAUACUGACUUUGCUGCACCUUUGUUCUUUAUUUUUUUUCUGCAUGUAAAUAUGGUUACGCAUAAUGUUGUAAUAAUGUUAAAUGGAGCAGGUUACAAGGUGGAUGAAGGAAUUUUUAAGGAGUUUAAUAAGCAUAUCAGUUUAAAUAUUUAGUUUUUCUUCACUUUGCACUUUUUUAACAUGACAUUUAAAGCGUGAGUUUAGGGAUCUGCUAAUGUUUUCAUCUUAAAAAUGUCUUCAGAUGAAUAAUUAUGGUGUGGGUGGGUAUUUUAGUGGGGGGGGGGGCUUUUUCAUAGCUGCAGUACAAUGUACUGUUUGGAUCCUAUGCA